CCCAUCUUUCCCUCCCUCUCUCCUCCCUUCUCUCUCUCUCUCUCUCUCUCUCUCUCCUCUCUUGUUCCUAUUUUUGCUCUCCAGCUCUCCUUCCACGCUCAGCUCCUCACCAGAAGAGGAAGCAAAAGAGCAUUCCAUUUUAUCUCUCCACUCUACCUCGAGUGGAGUUUGCUUGCUUUCUCCCGGUUGUUGUUUCUACUGCAAGAGAGAAACACGAACGAUCGCUGCUUCUUUUGCUCUCCCUAUUUGGAGGUGAUAAGAUGUGAGACGGGAGGGAUGGUGGAAGAGAGAAGGGAGGGGGAGGAGAAGUCUGCAAUCUAGAAGAUUAUUUUAGAUUUCUAGAGGCUGACAUGGGUUACUUCAGAUCCAGGGAAGCCAUGUCUGAAAAGCCACCCUCCCAUAUUUAAGUUGGUCUUCUUCUGCUCUUUCUCCCCCUCCUUAUUCCUGUGCUCGAGGAUAAGGAGUCGAUCGUUUUCUUACCCCCUUACCUUUUUUUUUUCUUUUUUUUUUUCGUGUUAAUUUUUAUAAUAGAAUUUGGCGAAGCGGUGGUAUUCAUCGUGUUACAUCAGCCUCCCCUUCCUUUUUUGUUUUUGGCCCCCUUUUUUCCCAUCAUUUAAGGGAGAUUCGUGGAAAAGGGGCGGUAGUCGGAUCUGGGGAGCCCUAUGAGUUGGGUUUGGAGGCCAGUUUGUAGUGAUGAGGAGGCGGAAGAAGCGAUGCUUGAGCAAUGACAGGUGAUGUGAUUCUUGGGGUGGGGUGCUGCUGCUGCUGCUGCUACCAGUUUUGCUGUUCUUGUUGUUGUUGUUGUUGUUUCAACCACGACGACGCCACAGGAAGAGGAGGCGAUGGGGGAGAUGGCUCCGGUGAUUGCUUUGCCAAUUAGCAUGUGCGAUCCAGUCCACGACAACCGCCCAAUGGAGAUCAAUCGCCUCAAGCUGAUGACUGAUGCUGCGAGCAUGUUGUCUGAUCCGAUAGAAUCGGAGGAUGCUGAGGCUGUGACUGUGGAGGAAGGAGGCGACGGCGACAAUCUGGAGGUCCGGACGCUGCCUGGAAGCGAUGAGGAAGAUUCGAUGUCCGUGGGGCCGGAGCAGUCGGCUGAGAGCUCCAGUUCGGUAAUCAUCGAUAUCGGCGGCAUUGCGAGCACGUCGGAAGAAUUCUCAGCUUUGGAUGCAGCUGAUAGGACUGCUGUAGUGGGCUCUUGUGACAUGGUGAAGAGCGUCGCUUCCGGUGUGGAGAUCAUUACCGGAGAACUGGGUACGAGUUUGGUGGCCGAAGGCGGUGCUGAUUCCGAUCCGAAAGUAGCAGCCCCCCUUGCUGACCCGGCGAUUCAGGGUAGUCGUGCGGCUGGGAGUAGUGGGUGCGGCGUUUUGCUACGGAAUUAUGUGUCCCUUUGGGGUUGCAUGUCUAUUUGUGGAAGAAGGCCAGAGAUGGAGGAUGCUGUAGUGGCUCUGCCGAUGUUUUGUGAAAUUCCGGUCCGGAUGCUAGCUGGUGAUUGCUUGGCGGACAGCAUGAGUCAAAGUUUGAGUCGCUUGCCUGCCCAUUUCUUUGGAGUCUAUGAUGGCCAUGGCGGUGCUCAGGUCGCUAAUUACUGUCGGGAGCGCAUCCAUGUAGCAUUGAUAGAAGAGAUUGGAAACUUAAACAGGUGUCCUGGAGACAGCAGCGGGGAUGAUUGGAAGAAGCAAUGGGAAAUGGCUUUCGCCAAUUGUUUUGGGAAGGUUGAUGAUGAGGUUGGAGGGAAGGGUAGAAGAGUUGUUGGAAGCACGUUUGGUGCCUCUCAGGAGGGAUCGAGCUCCAGCCUUUCCUCUUCUUUGCCAUCAGAAGCCAUUGCCCCUGAGACUGUUGGAUCUACUGCUGUGGUAGCUGUUAUUUGUUCGUCUCACAUUGUCAUCGCAAACUGCGGGGAUUCGAGGGCGGUACUUUGUCGUGGCAAAGAACCGAUGGCUCUAUCUGUGGAUCAUAAGCCAAACAGAGACGAUGAAUAUGCCAGGAUUGAAGCAUCUGGAGGAAAGGUUAUCCAGUGGAACGGAUACCGUGUGUUUGGUGUUCUUGCCAUGUCAAGGUCAAUUGGGGACAGAUACUUGAAACCAUGGAUCAUUCCAGAACCAGAAGUCACAAUUGUACCACGCGUGAGAGAAGAUGAAUGCCUCAUUUUAGCCAGUGAUGGCUUAUGGGAUGUCAUGUCAAACGAAGAGGUUUGUGAUGCUGCCCGCAGACGGAUUCUUCUCUGGCACAAAAAGAAUGCUGGUGCAGCCUCUUCCGCGCAAAGAGGCGAAGGAGCUGAUCCUGCAGCUCAAUCAGCUGCCGAGUACCUUGCAAAACUUGCUCUCCAAAAGGGCAGCAAGGAUAACAUCACCAUUAUUGUUGUUGACCUGAAAGCCCAAAGGAAGUUCAAGAGCAAAACUUCAGCAGGUUAAUCAGCUGUCAUUUUAUUAUUAGAUGAGUAAAAAAACCCUAAGAUAUAGCUUCAGUUUAGUCUCUUAAUGCCAUUGAUACAUAAGCCCGUCUUUUUUUCUUUUUUUCUUUUUAAAUUUGGGAUGUAAGGGCUGUAUGAGAAAUUAUAGGCUGUGUAUGUUACUAUAGGAUGCUAAAGAUAGGUUUAUUUACUAUUUCCAGUCCGAUAAUCUUGUAAUUUUCUUUCACCUGGGCAAUGUACUAGCAAUGUAAAUUCAAGCUAUUCUGGGCUCCUCUUCUUGUUUGUA